CUCUCUCUCUCUCUCUCAGCUGACCGGAUAUGGUGAGCGUGAAGCAGUGCACUUGGAUGUGAGUGCCACCACCUCCGACGGCCAGUCCCAUCCGCUGUUCUUCUGCAAGACCGCCGGACGUGACGCGCCCACCAGCUGCCACGGCGUUCCGCUGAGCGACGGCUCCCAGGCACUGCGGUUCGUCUUGAGGCCGGAGCAAGAGAACACAUGCGACCUCAAGCACAUCGGCGUGGUGCGCCUCCAACGCGAGGCUGGAGGUGACAGUGGACGACUGGGGCUGGCCGCCAGUCAAACAAACUAUUUUAACCUGACCGUCACCGCGCACAUUCCGCACCAAUCCACCCCGGUAACACUCCAGUCAGGAGCCAUCAAAUGCAUAAGCUCAACGCAAGCUGUGUCCAAACCUGUGGUCACGCAGGUGCUCCAAUUAGCCGAUCGCUCGGCUGCCGGUGCGUCCGUGAAAGUUCUGGCUAUGGGGAAAGACUUCCUCCCGAGCACACACUUUCGAGUAUUCCAGCAGAGAGCAGAUAAGAGCGUCUGGCAAGUGACAAUCCCGCCGGAGGAAUGUGUUGUUCACUGUACACAUAAUUGUGUGAUACAGUUUACGAUGCCUCAACCUCCCAGCGAUGUGAUCAGAAUGGGACCGAGUAAAGACCUGAAAGUGUUCAUCGAUGCUGGUUCCAAUACCACUCGGCGAUCCAUAUCCUCUGUGCCUUUGAGUGAAGAGAGAGCGUUCCUAUUCCAGUAUCCAAUUGCCAGCGCAUUUCAUGGUAAGAGCUCCAACCGAACGGCCUCACUGCCAAUCACGUCUGUCUCGCCGAUGACUUCUCCAAUGACAAGCCAGCCUCCAUCAACAGUGAACGACUACACAAAGUCAUUCACAAAUCAGAGAGACACCUGCAGUGUACGGGCAACGAAGAAGACCAUCCAGGACUUCCUGCCCACGGUGCACGCUCCACGCACUGUAAGCAGAAUGUCGCAGCCAGACAGUCUGAACGUUCUACCGCCGUUUGAACUGGCAGAGCUGGGCCUAUCCCAAGCACUGACCCCACUGUCCUCAAUUCAGAGCUUGGCAUCAUACGUGAGCAUGCAGGCAAGCAGUUGCGGUAACAGCAACAGCAACAUGACAAAUCAGAAUAUGCUUCUGCCGUUCGCAAUGGACUUUAGCCAGGCGGACGGCAUGCCUACAGGCAUGGUUCCCUCGAUUGGCUAUCAAACUCAAGCCGGCCGGUGCGGCAUUGGAAUCGAUGCGGCUGCAGCACAGUGGGGUAGGUUGGGAACAGCUGACAGAUGCCUAUCUCCGAUCGAUACGCCAUCGCCAAUGGUCUCCGAACCUUUCAGCGAGCAGUCUGAUCUCGAGAGCGACUUGUCCCUGAACCCGGAGAGAAUCAUGGCCACGAUGUGGACCCCAGCUGCUAGGGCAGCUGAUUGAACCAGGAAAUAGUGCGCCGUCCUCCGCUCGGCUCACAAGGUCUUAUGCAGAGGGUAUCAUACAGAUGGAGACCGGGGUUAAUCCGUUGAAGUAAGCUAUUAGCACACAGAAACUUGCCGGCCAGCAAUACGUCCUAUUUUCAUUUCAGUCGUGUUUAUUCCCGCGUGCACUGGCACUGCUGAUAGCAGCAGCCAACACUAAACAGCAACCUGAUCUCCCCAAGUCACAUGACUGUAGUAGUCUUUAUUCACUACCUACCCCGCUCGCAGCACCAAUGUAGUAUUCUUUAUUUUCUCCAGUCCAAACAACAAGAGCCCACCAAAUAUCAUCAUGGUGCCGCUGGUCAUGGAGUAGGCUGUGUUAGUAUCAUUUUUUAGUCUAAGGUGAGCGGAACAGUUUGGUGAGCUCGGUACCGUAAUUGCUAUGCAGCAUCUUGAAGCUGAUGCAACACUAGAAUAGAAAUGUGCAUUCACUAGUUACAGUGUAUAGAUUGCAAAGUUUGUCUCGCUAGAAUUUUGUGAAUGGUACAAAGACUUAUUUUCAAAUUCCAAGUAAACCGAACCGAUAAAAUUUUAGUUUUUCUACAAGUAGGUCUAUCUUUGUACAGCUGAAAUAUUACAAUUGUUCACGUGUGAAUUUACCUUUAUUGCUGCUAUUUCAAUUUCUCAAUUUCUUCAAAGUGAAGAAGAGGGUGGUGCGACUUCGGCGAUAGUAAGGGAAGAGUGUGUUGCUCCCUACAUGGGAGGAAAACCGCGAGCUCCCAUGUAGGGAGCAAUACACUAUUCAAUUUCUUCAAUUUCUCAAUUUCUUCAAUUUCUCAAUUUCUUCAAUUUCUCAAUUUCUUCAAUUUCUCAAUUUCCUAACACAGUAGACAAGUUCUCCUUUUUACCAGACAGCAGCAGUGCAAUAGACCAUGUGCUCAGUUCAAGAUCUUGAGAAACUGGGCAACUCUUUCAGAAUUAGAAUUUUCCCAUUUGCCACUGGACAGUCCACGGCUGUCGCCUCUUACCCCACGGCUGUAGAAAGAUGUACAUGUGUCCUAUUCCCCGUACCCA